AUUGCAAAGCAAAAUUGAAUUGAAGAAGAAUUCCAGAAUUCUCUUCGAAGUUAAUAUUCCUUAUAUGUAAAUACUCAAGGACGAUUUGCGUAUAUAUGGAAUGUAUUGUUUAAGAAAACAAGUCGAUAUCGCUGACAGUUGUGUUUCCGUUUCCACGUCCUUGUCCUUGUUCCGUAAAGCUUUUAUAAUGUCGAGGCGACUUGCGCGUUCCGUUUCAAGUAAAGUUUACGCAUGAUCGGACACCGCGACCGCGAGUAGAUCAUCGUGAAAGGCGCUUCUCCCGAUGAGAUCAAGCCAUGCCAGUUGCCGAAGGUCAUAGUACGUGAGAUCGCUGGAUCAUCGAUCUCCGCGCCGAUUCGAAAUAAUCCCGCGGGCAAAAAGAAAGUCCGUUUCCAGUCUUUCCUCACGUCUCUCACAUUUACGUAAAGCGCGAGUCGCGCAAUCAUUCGUAUUUUAAACGGGCGUGGGAGGAGGGACAAUAUAUAAAAGAAAAAGGGCACAGAGUACAACAGCUGAAAAAGCAUGACCUCGUCAUGCUUUGACGUCACGUCAUCGAACAUAGAAGAGAAAUAGUGAUAUGUCGUUUUAACUACGUUACGUUUUUAAUGCGCUUAAAAUAAAACGGGUAUAUAAUUAGACGGACAGAAAAAGAGGAAAAAUGAAGAACGCGCGAAAGUACAGGUUCGAAAUAUAAAAAUAAUACCGACGUUCUCGGCGAUCAAAGAGCGAGUGGCGCGUCACUCGAUUUCAUCUUCCACCGCUAACUUCGCAGUGGGAGCCUCAUCGUUCCAUCGGUAAGACAGAUCCCUCUCUUACGAUGGCGUGACGAAAACUCAGUCGGGAGUUGCCGCUCUAUUCCGCUCGCUUCCCUCUACCGCUACGUUCUGCAGCCAGCUGUGCCGCGCACUGUGUUUUGCGUUUCGCGAGAGUACGUCAGCCGAACGAGAAUGUCGGAGACACCAGAACGAUUCUUGCGAGCGUGUAACGUCGGUGGCAAGUGACGCACCGGCGCUUCUCGCGGCACGCUGUCUGCAAAACGAUGUCAAGCGGAUAAAUUAUGCCACGAAAGGAGAACACCAAAGCAAAAACAUGGGAGCGAGAUCGAAGAAAACGUAUGAACACGUACUUCAAGACAUUGGCGGAUCUUCUGCCGCCACAUCAGGAAGGUCGCAAGCGCAACAAGGUCGACAUCCUGAUCCACGCUUCGAAGUACAUAAAAGACCUCCAUAGUCGUACUGAGGAAUUAUUCUCCACUCACGCUUCUGAGGCGCACAAAGAAGAAUUGGCUCGCUUAAAAAAACUUGUAACACAGCUGAUGUCACGUACUCAGUUAUUAUCUGCUCUUCUCAAAGAAGCAGGAAUUUCUGUGCCAGCUGAACCAGCUCUUGAAAAAAUAUCUCCUUUGAAGUGGUCGAAUAAAAUUAAUGUCGAUGAUGUAGAUAAAUACUUUGAUAAAAUUGAAGAAAAAAAAACAUUAGAAAAGAAGAAGAAAGAAAAAUCCGAGAAUAAAGUGCCUUCUAAGAGAAAAUCUACAACGCCAUCGGCUUCGAAAAAGUUGUCCGAGGAAACUACCACUGCUAAGCAUGUCUGUAAUUCGAUAGAGAAUCAAGAGAAUCGAGUGAACUGUGCUAAUAGCAAAAAUUUUAAUUCUGAUAAUACAAAUAGUUUAACUGGAACUGAGUCAAAGGAAGCGGAAUAUCAAAAUGAUUCUAUCAAUGAGGGAACUGCAACAGAUUCAGUCAAUACAAAAAAACGAACUGAUAAGAAAGAUGAAUCGAAAAAGAAAACAAAAGAUGAAAAGUCGUUGAAGAAGAAACGUAAAUGUAAGGAUGAAAAAAAUUCGACGUUACCACGUGUGGCCAAUACUGUCACCAAUUUAACUCCUAGUACUCUUAUUUUGUCUGGUGGAAAACUAAUGCCUCUCGUAACUCCGAUGACGUCGAACAUCAUCGUGAAUACGCAGCAAGCGCCUACGAAUCCGAUAAUUCUCGGUAAUACGCAACAGAGUCAGAUGAUUGUAAUGCAACCCUUAGCGAAUCGUGUUCAGAAUUCCGUUGUCUCUAUAUGCAAUCACGCUUUGAUCAAUACUGUGCAAAAAGUUACUCUGAAUACCGUUCCGAAUAUUCGCGCGAAUAUGGUUGUCGAUUCUCAUAAUUGGGCAUCUAAUGUGAAAAAUAUUAUUAAUGCUACGAAAAUCGGUGGACAUAAGACUAUUUUGCCGAAGGGUAAAGAGAUUACAAAGACGACUAUGGCUUAUAAAGUGCCUAUUCCGGCGAUACAUAAAGAGAAGGUGGAGAAGCCCAAAGAUAGUGCGAAUAAAAAGGAAUCUGAGGUAAAAACCAAAAAUAGCAAGAAUCAUUCCAAGAGCCAGAAAAACAUUCAAAGUGUUCAGCCAGAAACGAUUGAAGAGUUAAACGUCGAGAAGAAAUCAUCGAAGGAAACUGCCAAGAUUCAAGAGGAUAUAGCUGUCUCGCAAAAAGGUCCAUUUAAACGCGGUUUAUCUAUGGAAUCUGACUCCGCAGAUGAGCCGGAAGAUAAAAAGCGAAAAGACACAAACGAAGAAGUAAAAUCCGUCCAACCGACAACUUCAAAAGCGACGGAUUUCUCAGCCAUCUGCAAACCCAUUGUAAGUUUGAAGCACGUUAUCGAGAAAAUAGGAGAAAACAUUCAAGACGAACGUGCGAUUGUGAACAGUGAAAUGGAAUCCGCUACCGCGAAAUUAAGUAAUACGAUUACUCAAACAGCGAACGAUUCUAAUUGUGAAGAAACGACAAGCAAGUUGAUGGACAUUGUGGAUACGAAUUGCUUCGAGAUGAAUAAGAAAACUGAAGAUAUCGUUGCAACACAGAGUGUUCUCUCAGAUAAGUUUUCUAACGAGUCGCACGAAACAGACGCGCCUGAUCGAUCGUCCAAUGACUUCAACAUGUCGAUAGACAGCAUAAUGGAAAAAAAUGGCGAAAACAUGGAGCAAUUAGGUGCGAAAUCGACCUUGACGGACGUCGAAGCGGCGGAGAAGGCCGUCGGUUCGGAUGCGACAAAGAAGACAUGCAAUCUGGGAACACGUUUCGAUAGUCUUCUACGUGUGGCGACGGCCAAGGAACAACAACGUGUCAACGAUGCAAUAAACGGCGCAGAAAGCAACAAGAUCAUUUUAAACUUGGACACGAAUACUACGACGACGAUGAAAUCCGACGCAAAUGUUGUCGAUACUGCAACACCGUCGUCAUCGUCGUCAUCAUUAUCAUCAUCAACAGCUUCAACAUCAUCAUCGCUGACUACUAGCGUGAUCAAUGAUGAGACUAAAUUAACAAAAACUUCAAAAGACGAAAUAUCAAAGUCAUUGUCGUACACUAGUGAGAACACGUUUGUACCGAUCAGCAAUAGAACGGAUGGGCUACACUCGGAUUUGUCCAACGACAUAUUCGCCUCUCUGCAGGUUCCCUCCAGUUCGCAUAAUCCGGAAUCUAUAUCACCCACAGCAGCAUUCUUAAUGGCUUUUCCAUUGGUGUCUUCUUUGAACGGCAAAACCGAGGUAUUGGAUGAAGAAAUGAAAGACGAUUUCAAAUAUCACAGUCAAACUCCACCGAUGUUGUUGCAAAUCGGCACUAUGGAGCCGAACAGCUUUAAGAUUAAGACGUCGUCACCAUCGCACGCGAUUGCGGAGAAGCGGCUGAAAAUCUCCUGUGAGGAGAAACAAACCCCAGUUGCAAACGUGAGCGCGAAUACUGAUAUAAUCGUUCCCAUGGAAUGUGCGACGAAGUCACUACCGAAGGUAGUAAACGAGGAAACUUUACGGGAACCAUAUAAGAUAGUUCAGACCGUCCUAACGCCGAACUUAGAAAAAUCUGUAGUGACCACUAAUGCAUUUCCCUCAGUCAAUUUCUCUGCCGUGGAUUCUUCAUGCAUCGUAGGCAGCUCUUCGAAUCUGGCGACGAAUCAUACGUCUAGUCGUCCGGGUCAAUUGAGGACAGCGAAUGUGCUGAACAGUGCUGACGUAAUCGUAUCUCAGGCGCCGCUCAAUAUCUCCCCUGACAAGAAUGACAUCGCAAAUUGCACACCAUCUCAAGCAUUAACGAGCCGCAAUUCCGAUGUGGCAUACUCCGGGCCGCAAGAUUUUUUGCCGAGCUAUUCGACAAUGGUGGGCAAUGGUCUUGGUCCAUUGCAACAUACAUCCAACUCGCCUAUGUAUAAAAACACCAUCGCGACGACACAGGAAUCGAAUCCCACGAUCGGUUCGCGCGUUGACAAUAUCGACGGUUCCCAGAAUCUAUUGAGCACGCGACUCGAGAACGCAGCAGUGACAACGAAUUCAUCGUCCGCGACUUUGCGAUCCUUGCAAACGGACUAUCCGACUCAAACGAAGGACAAGAGUUCGCAAAGUUCAUCGCACAUGAUUUAUCCGUCACACAAUAAGGAUGUGCUUAUUGAUUCCGCCAGCAUUGUUUCUAAUCAUCGUGUCGAUUAUGCUAAUCAGAUGGACCGAGGUCUUCCGGUGACGUCCCAGAGUAUGCAAAGCUAUUCCGUAUCGACUAAGGAGUCCUCUCUUCCGAUCCUGGCCUCUCAAGACAUGCAACACAUGUAUAACCAAACUAAGGACAGUCAUGUUCUCCUAGAUUUGAACGGUUCUCAGCAGACGUUUACAGUUCAAAAGCACGUUAUCGCGAACUCUCACAACGAUUAUGUUGGAGAUCAAGCAAAAGCGAUAUCGCAGAAGGAUUCGAUAUCGUAUACGGCCCGCAACAACGAAGCCGCGAACACUUCAUCGCGGAAUCAAGAGUACUCCACGAAAACUGCGAGUCAGGGCUCCUCGGAAACCGCCUUCCAACGAAAUUAUUCCAAGCUGAAUAAAAGCACGGAUACAUUGAACAGUCCAAAUCAAGCGAAUCAAGAAACGAAACUGAGCGAUGUGCUCGGCUCCAAGAUCCAAGAACAACAGCACAAUCACAUACGCGACUCGGGCUAUGUUUCCUCGAAGAAGUUGGACGUAGAUCCGUUUGUCCAGUCGUAUCAAUACGACGUCAAGGAAGCGAUGAACAAUUCGAGCGAACGGGCGAAUGUUUUGAACACGAAUACCAGCGACACUCAUAAUAGUUACGUUUCUUAUUCCGGUAAGGAUGAGAAGAAAACGAAUACCGUCUCGGCCAUGGCAAACAACAAUAAUAACAAGCAACCAGUAGGAGUACAGCAAAGCGCCGUUGCACGUUAUUCUCAACAACAGACAUCGUUUGUCGCCACAUCCAACUAUGAACAGAGCACGAUGACGGAGAAUCAUGCCAAGUCAACGACCACCGUGGCUCACAACUCAUCAAACUUUAGUAUUCUUUCGUGGACGACAUUCUCGCCGGUCAGCGGUGGUGGCAGCGGCAACAAUCUAGUGCAUUAUGAUCAGGGACAGUCGCAUCCGAACGAUAAUACCGAAGCGAAGACUAUCUGCGAGAAUUACAGCUACGUACCGUUGCACAAGGACAAUUCGAGUUUUCCCAAUCAAGUAUUGAUUGGCGACAAUUAUCCAAGUAGCUCGAUAUCCCAGCCCAUGACUGGUAUUGACAAAUCGCGACAAGGAAAGAUCGAGUCACAGAAGCAGCCCUUCGUCGAUACCCCAAAGCCCAGGAAUGAUCCAUCGAAGCAGAAUCGGAUGCAAAAUCAGCAGACCGGCAAUGAUUACAAAUUCCCCGAUGGUGGUAAGAGCAAGAACAAAUAUGGUAUGGACUCGGACUACAUGCAGAACGAGUAUGGCAAUAUGGAUCAACAGCAGCAAUCUCAGCAACACGGCCCGAAGAAUCAUCAGAAUCUAUCAUCCAAGCAGGAAAAGACGGUGUACACGUACGAGCCACAGAUUAACUUCGAUCUGACGGAGAGCAACAUGCAGAUGAAAUAUUCAAUCGAGGCUUACACCGGCGUGAACUUCAAGUACGUGGAAAAAACGAUGCAGCAACCGAAUCAGCACAAAUACCAGACUCUUGCUCAAGGACAGGUUUCUGUUUUGCCGCAUGAUAGCGGUUACAGUAGCGACGUGAAGCACAGUCAGCAGCAGCAACAGCAGCAACAACAAUCGCAACAGUCACACAAUAGUAACAAUAAUGGCAGCAACAAUAAAACCAAAGGUAAUCAGCACCAGCAACAUUCAAUAAAGGCACCGGUCAAUUGGAUGAUGACGCCGGAGGUCAAGCACAAUGCCAAUGUCACGGACAUUAUUCUACCGCCGAUUGGCAAGGAAUUGGAUUUUUGUCAGAACAAUCUGUUUGCCCAAACGCCGACGUACAAUCAGGGUACGCCGAAUCAGUUUUACAACAAUUACGACGUCGCCGCCGCACAUAGUUUUCCGAAUCUACCGGUUCUGCAAAGCGACCCGAAGAGACCAACGGAGACCUUCUAUUCCGAGGAGCAACCGUUCCCAUGGUCACCAACGAAGAACACCGUGCAUAAUAACAUCGAUCACACGAUCAGUCAGUCAUCAGUUAAAUGUAUCGAUCAGCACAUUGUACCGUCGAGUUUGCAAAAUCUGGUGGGUGAUCUUGAUUUGAGUGCCAAUCUGGAGAAACAGAAUUUCUUGUUCGGCGCCGCGACUUCAUCGUCGAGAAUCGCCACGGAACAGAGUAAGGAUACGUCCAUAAAGGAGAAAGAGACGAAUAACGUGUCGGGGCGGGAUCUACACGCGAUGUUGAACACUCAAAAUGCUCAGCAUUCGGCUUCCACCUUCCUGUCCGUGAGUCAGCUGGUGGAACACGAAAAAGCGGAGAAGAGUCAUCAACAGCAGAAUCAUCAGCAGCAUCAGCAACAUCAGCAUCAUCAUCCGCAUCAGCAUCAGCAUUCGCAACAACAACAACAGCAGCAGCAACAAGUUAGGAAACAUCAAAGGAAGAAUAACGCGAGUCCUAGAACAACAAGUAAGCGGCAAAUGGACAUUCGUAAGUCUACGGCAACCAACGACAAUAAUAAUUUGCAUCAGCGACACGAGGAGCAAAAAUCGUCCGGACAUGUGUUCACGGAACAGGGCUAUCAGCAACCGCAGCAGCAGCAGCAGCAACAGAAAUAUCAGCAGAAUAACGUUCAUUGGAGAAGCAGAAAUUGCAAAAGCAAUUAUACCGCGGAGGCAUUAAUCGGGACUAGUAUUCACGACACUGGCGGCCACCAGGAUAAACACGCAUCAAUCAAAUUCACGACCAACUACUCGCAGAACAAGUUCCAGAGCGGCUUGUCCGCGGAUACCGCCAUGAUGCCUAUAAAUUAUUUCUCCAGCGCACCGCCAACGGAUGACGGUACCGCGGGCGGUUACGGUCAAUCGGUAGUCAAUCAAAACUUCAACACAUACGCAUAUUCAUCUAAUUCCGCUAAUUCUAUUUAUCCCACCAGUAACUUUAUCACCAGUAUUUCCAACACGCCCAAUAGCUAUAUGGCCAUGCCGUUGCACGAGAACGCCGCUGAUUAUGUUCAGGAGGCCAACAACUUUCUACUGCCAAAUGUGGCUGGAACGAGCAGCUCGUCGAGCGCCAGCACUGCGAAUACAUCCAGUUCAAACACGACUUCCACCACGGCCGGAAACGCCAAUGGGAAGAAUCAGCACUACGGGAAGCAUCCCAACUGCGAUAAACGUUCGUACUCCACUGCUGCGAAAAAGGGCAAACGGAAAGUUCUCGAGACCGGCCCGAUGCAGAAUCUGGAGUUUCCACUGUCCGGCAUCAACUCUCCCUUGGAAGAUUACCAUCACUCGACGUUCCUGGCACCGCCGCCGCCCCCACCUCCGCCACCACCGCCGCCGCCACAUGCCAAUCCUCUCUACCAGAAUCACCCGCAAACGAAUGUCUACGCUAAAACUGUCAACGGUCUUCCACCGCCUCCGCCGUCGGCUAUGGCAAGCGCUCAGGGUGUCGCGACUGUAGGAACGGCUGGUUUCACCAUGAACUCCAACAUGGUCCGCGGAGGAAUCGUCUCGAGCAAUCCGAUGGCCAUGCCGCAUCAUCCAUCGGGUACCAGUCUCACCAAUUUCAACUUGAGUACGAUAUUUCCUGAAAUGAAUGACAAGGUCGGAUAUAAGCCCUCGAACGGUAUACCACCCGGCCUAUCGCAGACAUCCAAUCAAUCUGCGACUUAUGCGCAACGAAGUAAUUAUCCGUCGAACUCUCUGUGUCACUUGCCACAGGUUUCGGAAGGCACGCAAUUCAUUAAUAGCGUCCCAUCGCUUCCCGUACCUCCUGCUCCCCCUCCUCCUCCUCCUGCUGCCCCAAUCCUUCCACACGGAGUAAUCCAUUACAAAAAUCUAUGAUGAAGUUUCAUAGUUUGUGAUACGAUCAUCGUUUGUAUAUAUGUAAAUAAUAUAUAUUAUUCAUUAAAUUAAAAAACGUU